AUGGAGGCCCAGGACGGAGCAGAGCUCUGCUUUCCACAGCUCCUCAACGCCUCCUGCUGGAAGCCAAAGCGCCAUCAGCAGCUCCACACACCCACCAACCUGCUGCUCCUCUCUCUGGCUGUGUCUGACUUCUUUGUGGGUCUUGUGGUGACACCAUUUGGAGCUCUCCGACAAACAUCCUGUUGGUAUCUUGGUGACCUUGUGUGUUCUCUGUAUAAUUAUGUGAGCUGCUUUGUCAUCUCUGCCUCAAUAGGAGACAUGGUUCUGAUAUCAGCUGAUCGCUAUGUGUCUAUUUGUGACCCUCUGCAUUAUUCCACCAGAGUCACUGUGAGCAGAGUGAAACUGUGUAUUUACAUCUGUUGGCUCUGUUCUUUUCUUUACAACAGUCUCUUUCUAAAGGAUGAUCUGACUCAACCUGGCAGAUAUAAUUCCUGCCAUGGAGAAUGUUUGAUUUUAAUUGAAUCCAUUUCAGGAACAUUUGAUAUUUUUUUAUCAUAUACGGUUCCCGUGGCUGUCAUCAUAUUUCUGUAUAUGAGAGUGUUUCUGACAGCAGUGUCUCAGGCUCGUGCCAUGCGCUCUCACGUUGCAGCCGUCACCCUCCAUCAUUCAGGGACUAAAAGGUCUGAGUUAAAGGCAGCCAGGACGCUUGGUGUUGUUGUCGCUGUAUUUCUAAUAUGUUUCUGUCCAUUAUACAAUGGCUCUUUUGUCAAAGACAGCUUUGACGGUGCUUUACCGGAAACACUUAUGUUUACUUUAAUGUCUAUUAACCCAUGUCUAAACCCUGUGAUCUACGCCUUGUUCUACCCCUGGUUCAGAAAGGCUCUGAGGCUCAUUUUCUCUCUCCAGAUUCUGCAGCCUGGCUCCUAUUUGACCAGCAUGCUGUAAAACAUGCUGUUGUGACAAAGAUUUAAUACAUACAUUUCAUGAUCAAGGAUGAAAACAUGCUUGUCCUGACAC